AGACCAGAAGCAGCAGCACUACCUGAGCUCAGGCCUCACCUGCUGGGCAGUGACAGUGGAGACAGGAUGGGGACAGAAUAAAGGAGCGGGACCUGUGGCACCAACCUGCACUCAGACCCUGAACAGGCACCAAAAGCUUCUCUUCAGGAGAGACUCAACAGUUUUUCUUACUCCCGUGGUCUCCAGAUUCAAGGCAUAAGAUGAGAGACUCUGGUCUUGCCUUCGGCCUUCUUUCUGCUGUGCUGUAUCUCUUCUGGACUCCUUCUGCUGGCCUGAAGACACUCCACCUGGGAAGCUGUGUGAUCACCACAAACCUUCAGGAAAUACAAAGUGGAUUUUCUGCGAUACGAGACAGUGUGCAAGCCAAAGAUGAAAACAUUGACAUGAGAAUCUUAAGGAGGACCGAGUCUUUGCAAGAUGCAAAGCCAGCUGAUCGAUGCUGCCUCCUGCGCCAUUUACUGAGACUGUAUCUGGACAGGGUAUUCAAAAACUACCAGACCUCUGACCAUCACACCCGCCGGAGGAUCAGCGGUCUCGCCAAUUCCUUUCUUACCAUCAAGAAGGACCUCCGGCUCUGUCAUGCCCACAUGACAUGCCAUUGUGGGAAGGAAGCAACGGAGAAAUUCAGCCAGAUUCUGAGUCACUUCGAAGAGCUGGAGCCGCAGGCCGCAGUCGUGAAAGCUUUGGGGGAGCUGGACAUUCUUCUGCAGUGGAUAGAGGAGACAGAAUAGGAGGACAGUGACGCUGCUGCUGAGAGUGGUCCUGGCCAAGAGUCCCCGUCCUCAGCACCCACGGGAGCUUGACCCCAAACCACCAUCUCUUUGCCAUAUAAUUUAGUGCUGGUCACAGUGUAUAUUAUUUAUUUAUUAAUUGUUUCCUUAUGUGGUUGUCUUUAUG